UGUCCCGGAAACGGAAGUGGCGGCGCGGCCAUGGCGCGGGAGAAGCACCCAGAGGCGGCAGCGGAGGCGGAGAGAACGCCUGAGCGUUCGUACCAGGAGCAGCUGGAUUUCCUGAACCCCAUCGCCCGGCCGCUCGCCUCCCGCAAGCUGACGCGCAAGCUCUACAAGUGUAUCAGGAAAGCGGCCAAGCACAAGAAGAUCCGCCGCGGUGUGAAGGAGGUCCAGAAGUUCAUCAACAAGGGCGAGAAGGGGAUCACAGUGCUGGCCGGCGACACGCUGCCUAUCGAUGUGUACUGCCACAUCCCCAUCAUGUGCGAGGACAGGAGCAUCCCCUACGCAUACGUCCCUUCCAAAUCGCCUCCCCCAUGGCCUUGGACUGUUCCCACAGGACCUGGGAGCCGCAGCUGGCUCGAAGCGCCCAACCUGUGUUAUCAUGAUCAAGCCCCACGAGGAGUACCAGGAGACCUACGAUGAGUGCCUGGAGGAGGUGGAGGCCCUUCCCCUGCCACUGUGAAGAGCCGGGAACGGGCCGUGCCCCGCGGGACGAUGGCGGGGGGCGCUGUGGGGCGAAUAAAGGCGUUUGUGGGGGUUGAAAA